ACAGGAUGGCGUUGUAAUGCAAAAAAUUAUAAAUAAAUGUACCUAUCUUUAGAUCGAUUGAACAUUGAAUUAGUCACUUAACGGCGGUAGUUUGUAUACAUGUUAAGUGCCGCGGAAAAAUAACCUCUAAUGGAAAAAAUUAAAUCCGUACAAAAUAAUAUAUCAAAAUGUAUCAAAACUAUCUGUCCAUCACCGGAACAACUUAGCAUAAUAACGAAUAAUAUAAAAUGCGAAAAAUGUGGACUCGUAUUUAAAAAUGAACCGCGAUAUCGGUUACAUGAUCUUAAGGUACAUCAGCGUAAAAAUUUAGAUAAAGCAAUAAAAGAAAAUGUACAAUAUCAUUGUCCGGUAGAAUCUUGUAUUUAUGCUCCAAAAGCAGAAAGACAUUUUAGUACUAUGAAAUAUCUUAAACAGCAUUAUCUUAAAGUACAUGCAAAAAAAACACAUGCAUGUACUCGUUGUGACAAAAGCUUUUCUACUGAAGCAGCAAAGGAAGGACAUAUGAGAAUAUGUGGAAUUGAAUUCAUAUGUUCUUGUUUAAAAACUUAUACUUCUUAUGAAGCCUUGCUUACACAUGCAAAACGGUCGUUACAUAGUAUAGAUGAUAAAUAUAAAAAUUCUUUAAGACGCACAAAUUCUAAAGCAAUGAGAUUGAUUUUACCAACUAGUCAAACGGAAAUAAAUAAAUUAAUUACAAUACUACCGACAAAUCAAAAUGAAAAUAGAAUAUCAGAUAAUAAUGGUUCCAUACAGAAAUUAACAUUAGAUAUUGGUAUACAAACUGAUGAAUAUAAAAAGAAUAAAAGAAUAUCAAGUCCAUUAAAACAUAUUAACAAUAGUUAUUAUCAUAAUGGAAAACGUGGAAUAUCUAAACAAACGCAGACAAGUAUUUUCCAAAAAGUUAAACAAAAUGUAAUAUCCAUGGAAACACAAACUACACAAGCUUCACAAGCAUUUAAGAAUUCAUUGAAACUUCAGAAACAUGGAAGAAAUUCUGUAUCUCAAAAUUCUGAUUAUACACUGUUAAAAGAAGACCUUAAUCUUGGCAAUUUUACAGCUGCAAAUUUAUUUCCUGGUAGUCCAUUACCACUUCGUCAUGAUGAUGGAUUACAAGAUUUUUGGGAAGAAAAGAGUACAUCAGGUACUCAAACAAUACCUGAAAAAGACAUGUUUGAGGUUCUAAAUGAUAAUGUUACUCAAACAGAAUUUGAAACAUUUUACGAACAUAGUACAAAUCCAUUAAUGCAGUGUACUCCAAAGAGUACAGUUGCUUUAAUGACUUUACCUUAUGUUGAAGAAACGUCGAAUGUUGAAGGAUAUUCUUUUGUAUCUUCAGAUAGCAUAUCACGAUCAGAUCCCAUGCUUACAGACAAAACUUUUGAUGACAAAUUUAGCAGUAUAGAAACUCAAACAGAACAAGCUUAUUCAUUUUUUGAUUCAGAUCCUUUAACUAGAUCAUUUGCUUUAAGUUCUAUUGAAACACAAACUACAAAUAAUAUUGAUAACAUGGAACAGCUAUUAUACAGUAAUACAUGCACGCAAACUUGCGAUGAAAUACUACCGACUGAUCUAGGAUUAUCUAAUAUUCAAACACAAACACCUUGGACUCAACUCGAAGAUACUACUGUUUCUGCUGAAACACAAACAAAAUCUUUGAUAUGUGAAACAGGUUGUAAUAUUUCAAUAGGUGCAUGUCGUUCAUGGUUGAGUACUCAAACUAGUCAUACUGAAACACAAACUGAUUUACUUAGUAUUUUUGAAAGUCUUCAAUAAUAAAGUAUUUAAUUUUUGUGCAAAUGGUGAUAUAACAAUUGAUAUUUAAGUAAUUUGCAUUUGGUAUUGUAAAAUAAGACUAAUUUUUCGUAUUGUUAUUUAGUACUUUGGUAUUUUUUAUAUUUUAUUACAAACUAAUUAUAUGUAUUUAAGUUCCUGUAUAUGUGCAAUUUGUUAAUGAAAUAUUACGUGCAUUGAUUGAGAACUGCAUUUUUUUAAAAAGAAUAUUUUAAAUUUACUGUAUUAUACAGUAUCCACACUGCCAUAAUUUUAAAAUAUGUAUUGUUUAUACAUAUGUUUCCAGAAUAAAAUCAUACACAUUGCAGGCAAUGUAGUUACAUGUAACUUAUUAAAAUAUUAAUUUAAGAUCCUCAUAAUGGAAAAAAUAUUAUUAAUUU